AUGACCAACAUAAGCAUGUCACCAUUCACGAAUGAGAUCGAGCGAACAGAUCCACCUCGCAGGCUCACUAUGCCUCACUUCAUUCCAUACAAGGGAGACGAAGAUCCAGAUCGACAUCUCAAACACUACCGCAGUACCAUGAUCCUUUACAGGAACAACGAUGCGCUUAUGUGCAAAAUUUUUGCCACAACUCUACAAGGCGAGGUGCUAGACUGGUUUCACACUCUGUCCCCGCAGUCAAUCCGGAGUUUUAACAAACUUUCCUUUGUUUUAACUAAGGAGUAUUCGUCUAACUGCUUAAUCAAAAGGACAUCCGACCAUCUCUUCAGCAUCGUAAAAGACCAUUGGGAGACAAUUCGCGACUAUGUCAAGAGAUUCAAAACGGAGAAGGCCAAGAAUGUUGGUUGCAACGAAGACAUAGCAACGAAAGCAUUCAGAAAUGGACUUCCCACCAAACAUCCUUUAUUCGGAAAACUGAUCAUGGGAGAAGAACUGACCCUAGCAGCUUCGUAUGCUUUAGCAAAAAAACAUGCACCAUGGGACGAGGCCAAGCAGUCUAAUAAAAAGGAGUCGGAAAAGAAGCACAUGGAACGUUCCCUAACUAGAGAAGACUCAGCGCCUAAAACAUUCACCAAAUUCACAGUUCCAAUCGGCCAAAUUCUUCGCAAGCUCAAGAACGAACCUUGGUUCGAACUGCCGACACCCAUGAAAGGCAAUCUUACUAGGCUGGAUCAUACAAAGUAUUGCGCAUUCCAUCAAGGACUAAGCCACGCUACCAACGGCUUCUUGAAGUGGAAGCAGUAUCUUAAGAAGUUGACAAAUGAGGGCCGAUGCGACGAGUAUCUUGACAAGUCAACGAAGCAGCCUACACAAACAGGGGAAAAGUUCAGUCGUUGUCAUGGCAAGGUUGUUCGGUGUAUAGGGAAGGCGCAGGUUUGUGAGAUGGAUGCCUCCUCUUCCAAAUCGACCACAGGACAGGUCAUCACCUUGACGGAGGAAGUGGCAACCCUAAAAGGUCAGCCUACGGCCCAACAAGCAGCACGGGAAGCCAAAGCAGCAGCUCAGGAAGCAUGGGAAGCCGAGAUUGUAGCCCAGUUUUCUGCCCAAGACGAGAAGAUGAGUAUGAUCUUACGGGCCUUACAGAUGUUCGGCCUCCAAAUCCCGAUGCCAGCACAUGAUCUUGAUCCAUCUUCGACCUCCCAGCCACUCCGCCCAGCCAAUACCCAGUAG